CUGCUCCAGGAAAACAUGGUCAGCUUUGUAAAGGAGCAGCUGAAAGACAUCCAGAGAGCUCUGAGUCCAGAUGAGCUAGCAUGCUUAGUGAGUCUGAGGGAGGAUGAGGAUGAAGAGCAGAGAGACAUUUCUGAAGAUCACUGUGAACUUCCUGAGGAGAAUGAGGAUUUGAAGAGAUUUAACAUGAUGAAAAGAGGAAAUAGAGACAAUAUGGGAGAG